AUGCAUUCUCUCGGUAUAGACAUUGGUACGACAUCAUGUAAAAUUUGUGUUGUUUCAACAUCAUCAUCAAACGAAAAUAAUCGUAUUAUCUUUACAGAACAACUGGCUCAUAAUGCUCAUAUUAUUCAAAAAGAAUUUGCUUCAUUUGAUGAACAAUCUCCAUCACAAAUUCUUGAAAUUGUUGAUAUUCUUCUAGAGAAAUCAGGCAGUGCUUUAAUGAGAAAUCAUGUUUUAUAA